AUGCCACUCAUCCUCGAUUCGCCCCCGCCGCCUCUUACUGUAUCCGACACUUUGGAGUCGCGCCGCCGAGUGCACCAUGAAGCAGAUGUGGUCAUCAUUGGUGCUGGCAUUCUAGGAUGCGCACUCGCCGUCGCCUUUUCCGACCAGGGCCGGAGCGUCAUUCUGCUCGAAAAAUCCCUCAAACAACCCGACCGUAUCGUUGGAGAAUUACUGCAGCCUGGUGGAGUCGCUGCUUUGGAAGAGCUUGGACUAGCCGAUUGUCUGGAGGGCAUUGACGCGAUCAAGGUGUUUGGGUACGAUGUGAUAUACCACGGCGACGAAGUCACCAUUGCGUAUCCCGAAAAUGCCGGUUCUACCGCUACCAACCCAGACGAGAAAGAGAAGAAGAAGUCAAGACCUGAAGGUCGGUCGUUUCAUCAUGGCCGAUUCAUUCAAAAACUCCGAGAGCGUGCUCUGAAAUGCGCCAACGUCACUGUCAUCGAAACCACGGCCACAGACUUGGUGCGCAGCGGAUACACCGGACAGGUCUUGGGAGUUGAAUGCUCCACUAGCAACCGCAAGGAUUACUAUUUUGCCCAUCUUACCGUCGUCGCCGAUGGUUACGCCAGCAAGUUUCGCAAAGAAGUCAACACUCGAGCUCCCGUGGUCAAGUCCAAGUUUUGGGGCCUCGAAUUGAUCGAUGCCGACCUACCCAUGCCCAACCAUGGUCACGUCUUGAUUAGUGACAGCCCACCCGUUCUUCUUUACCAGAUUGGUACACACGAGACACGUGCUCUUGUAGACAUACCCGAGGGCCUCCCGUCUGCAUCGGUUAGCAACGGCGGCGUCAAGAACCAUUUGCGCAAUGUUGUGCUGCCUUCGUUGCCUGCAAAGGUGCGUCCGUCAUUUGAAGCCGCUCUGGAUCGUGGUGCAUUACGAUCCAUGCCCAACUCAUUCUUGCCUGCAUCCAAAAACAAGCAUUCAGGCGUGAUACUGCUUGGAGAUGCGAUGAACAUGCGUCAUCCUCUGACAGGAGGUGGCAUGACUGUGGCCUUCAACGAUGCUCUGCUGUUGUCUAAACUACUUUCUCCCAAACAAGUGCCACGGUUCGAGGACACCAAGGCUGUGUUGGCUCAACUGGACGUAUUUCACUGGAGGAGAAAGAACUUGACUAGUGUCAUCAACAUUCUUGCACAAGCGCUAUACUCUUUGUUCGCAGCGAAUGAUCCUCAACUCAGAGCACUGCAGCAAGGAUGCUUCCGUUACUUCCAGAGAGGUGGACAGUGUAUCGAUGGACCUGUCGGACUGCUGGCUGGAAUCAUACGGCAACCCAUGGUCCUCUUUUACCAUUUCUUCGCCGUCGCCUUCCUCUCCAUUUGGGUGUACAUUACGUCUGGCAAUGCUCUACUGAUGCCGUUCCGCGCAGUUGCGAGUAUUGGAGUAUUGUACAAGGCUUGCGUUGUGCUAUUCCCAUACAUCUUUAGCGAGUUGAGGAGUUGA